CUCAAAUUGCCUUCAAAUGAAUCCAGCUUGCUGGUUCUUCACUGCUCAAAGCCUCGAGCUUUUUUGUGUUCGUUACGCAACUCAACCCAAAAACAACCAGAGCCAUAGAGAGAACCAAGAAAUUGCGUCUUUGUGGAUAGAGAAACAAUCGAUCUGAGUUCAAAUCCAUAGAUGGGUUCAAUCUUAGAAGGAAGACAAGAGGGAAAUUAUAGCAAACCCCUUGGAAUUCGAUUCAUAGAGUACAUAAAGAAAUCCACUCUCUCUUUCAAUGCCCACCAAGCCAUUGUCCUCAUAGUCACAUUCUUAGCAUACACAAGCUACCACGCCGCUCGAAAAACCACAAGCAUUGUGAAAAGUGCUCUUGAUCCCGAAUCCUCAGAUUUUAGCUCGAACCUUUUCCCAUUGGAAACAGCUAAUUUUCACAAUCCGAUUGAAAGGGAAACAAAUUCAUGGGUUCUUGGAAGUGGUUGGGCCCCUUUCAAUGGAUCAGACGGGACCGCCUUGCUUGGCGAUCUCGAUGUGGCUUUCCUUUCAGUUUAUGCUUUUGGAAUGUACUUUUCCGGGCAUUUGGGUGAUCGAAACAACCUGCGAAUUUUUUUGACAGUAGGUAUGGUGGGAACCGGUUUGUUCACUUCGCUCUUUGGAGUGGGGUAUUGGGCUAAUAUCCAUGUUUUUUACUACUUUUUGAUCGUCCAAAUGCUUGCCGGUUUGUUCCAAUCAACCGGGUGGCCUUCUGUGGUGGCAGUUGUUGGAAAUUGGUUUGGGAAGAAGAAGAGAGGGCUUAUUAUGGGUGUUUGGAACGCUCACACAUCGGUUGGGAACAUAACCGGUUCUUUGGUUGCUUCAGCUUUAUUGAAAUAUGGGUGGGGAUGGUCCAUAGUUGUGCCCGGUCUCAUGAUUGCUUUCUUUGGCAUGGUGGUUUUGCUGUUUUUGCCAGUUAGUCCGGAGUCUGUCGGAGCUAAUGCAGAUGAUGACGAUGUGGUCUCUCCCAAAAAAACAGGAGAUGGAGUGACAGAACCACUGUUGGAAUCAGAGACAAUUGAGAGGGAGAAAGCCGUGGGGUUCAUUGAAGCGUGGAAGAUUCCUGGCGUUGCUCCUUUCGCUCUUUGCCUCUUUUUCGCCAAAUUGGUUGCUUAUACAUUUUUGUAUUGGCUUCCAUUCUACAUUAGCCACACAACCAUUGAUGGGAAGUACUUAUCGAGUGAGGCAGCCGGAAACUUAUCCACCUUAUUUGACGUCGGAGGUGUGGUUGGAGGAAUCCUAGCCGGCCACAUUUCUGACCGCCUAGAUGCCCGAGCCAUAACCGCCGCAAGCUUCAUGUACUGUACAAUCCCGGCUCUCUUCUUGUACAGAAUCUAUGGAAGCAUUUCUCUUCCUGUGAACAUCAUUCUUUUGCUAAUCGCUGGCAUGUUUGUGAACGGUCCUUACGCUCUCAUAACAACAGCAGUUUCAGCCGAUUUGGGGACACACAGCUCACUUAAAGGCAAUUCACGUGCGCUUGCGACUGUGACGGCAAUAAUAGAUGGAACGGGCUCAAUUGGAGCUGCCAUUGGACCGUUGCUAACAGGUUACAUUUCUGAAACGAGCUGGAAUGCGGUUUUCACUAUGUUGAUGGCGGCAGCUCUAGUGGCUGGCCUGCUUCUGACUCAGCUUGUGGUGGCGGAGGUGGCUGCGAAGAUUGAGCUGUCGAGGUCACACGGUGCAGUUGCACUUGAAGUGUGAUUUCUUUCAGGCAAGUAAAAGGGGUUCGUUAACAUGUGUGUGACGAUCCAGAGACUGUGUUUGGAUCUUGGAUUUGGAAAGGGAUUUGAUUUCAAGCAUGGUUCGCCAAUUUGGGUCUUUCGGUGAUUGACUCAAGAUUGAAGAUCUGUUUGGUCUAUACAGAAAUACAUAUUUGUCAUGUACUAUUUUUUUUAUCCUUCAUGAUAUGUAGAUCUUUUGUUACUUGAAUCAGAUGGAACAUCGAAAAGGAUAGCUCAUUUGGAGAUUGGUCAUUGUUUCUGGUGUCUUCAAGUUUGAGAGAAUUGUUGGGAAAUGGUUUGUGUGUUUGCCCAAUUCUGGGUUUGAUUAUAAUUGGGAUGGAACAGAUGUUAUACAUU